UGACGUUAUUUUAGCAUCUACUUCUUGAACAAUAUUAAUAUGUCAAACCACAAUGUUCUCGAGAAGGUCUAUUGACGAGAAAUGUUAAAACGAGCAUUUACUAUAAUUUAUAUUAUAUUUUAUUAUUGCAACUCAGUCUCCACACUGUAUACAGGUGAAGUCAGUUUAGACGAUUAUGGGAACAAGGUUUCGAGGAGAGAUCAAACCUUCGAUAAAAGGAAAAAAAUCAGUGCAGUCCUGUUCUUCGCCGACACUGUCGCCAACGAGAAUUACCACAAUUACACGGGUUUGCAAUGCCUGAAGUUGAAGAAGAAACCAGCGAUCAAGCAUUGUACGGAGGUUCCAAGAAGCAUCUUUGCUCGCAAAAAGAGAAAUUGGAAUUUCAAAAAGCGUACAUGUUCUUGCUAUGCCAGACUUCAAGAAGCGAUCAUGUCUCUCUUGAACUUUGCUCAGAAUUCCUUAGGAAUGGUCACAGCCUUGGGAUCCCUGUCGAAUCACAGCUUCAGCAACAGCAUCCGCUUUGGCAACACCGAAAUCAACAUCAACGAUCAUUAUGACGCUGACGCUGGUCAACAUGAAGAACACACUGACGACUCCUUGAAGGAGAAGAUAAGUCACGCCCUAGACGUCGGACCAGGAACUUCCAAUGAGACGGGCCAAGAAGAUGGAAAUCCCGAUGGUAUACCUGACAAGGAGGAAAAGAAUUACGAAAAGGUACCCCUGCUGAACGUUUUUCCGAAAGAUUCGCCACCCCCUCUCUUCGCUUUCACCGACGCAGAGGAGAGGAGGAAGAGAUCGGAAGGUCCUUACGUUCUGGAGCCGGAGCAUAGGGAAGUUUUCAAGAUCAAGACCAAGAGGCAGGUGACUCUGGAUAAGCCGAAGGAGAUCAGCGACGCGACCUAUCUGAACAGAGAGUCGAAAGUUAAUACGAUAUUCGACAUCAUGGAUAUCAUGAGGAAUAUGCAGAAGUCUUUGUUUGGUACCAUGUUGCAAGAUGAAUCAGAUAGUUACCCUCACGAUGGCGAGUCUUGCCCCUUUCCACACAAUAUUUUGGGUAGGAUCAGGCAACCCGGAUUAUUUGAAGUGGUCCAGAAGACUCUCUACACUGUCAUUAACUCCUCUGAUACUGGUUUCCUCAUGAUUAUCAUCGGUGGAAAUCUAUCGGACAUAUCUUCCUCUUACACGCCUCUGGUGCAGAGCAUAAAACACGUCGCUGAGAAUACCGAUGAAGAAUCCACGCUGAUUGUGUUGACAGGUACCUGUCCCAACAGCCCUGAUUCUAGGGUGAAAUUGGCUUGUGAGGAACUCAACAAGAGGAAUCUACCCCUUUUCGCGACAGGUCCGGGAAGCCAGGAAUUCUCCAGCUGCUAUGAGCUGUACGAUGUUCCAUUGACAGUCAAGAGAAUUUUGUCGAAAUAUAACUCCAACAGUAAAGAAGCUCGUCCACAAGACCUUGAAAUACCAGAGCCAACAAGAUCGAAAAGAGGUAUCAUCGAUGUUGACGAUGAAGAUGAUGACUAUGAUGAUGAAGAUGAAUUCCACGUCAAUCCGAAAAGGGCAGCUCGUGUCACUGGUGGAGCAGGAAGAGAGAAAACUAAGAGCGGUAGCACUGUUAACCAAGUCCACAUGGGAAUUAUAGAUUUAAAUUUAUUUCUUAUCAAUAUUUAUAUGAUAUACUGGUGAAUUUUCAAAAAAAUAAAA